CAAUAGUAUGUGAGUGUGGAAGGCUCCAAGAGACGUUUGAUCUGAGAAGUUUCAGGUCAAAUAAGAUGACAACUGUUUUUCGCUUCUUCAACAUGUAUGCUUUUUGGUUUCUAAUAUGUUCUUCUCCAACGUGUUUCGCAGGGGACACUUUGAAAGCUGGCCAGAAGAUCAUAGGCGAUGACACCAACCUUGUUUCAGCUGGAAAAAUAUUUGAACUAGGCUUUUUUACUCCUAGCAUCACCGGUGGUUCACAAAACUACUUAGGCAUAUGGUAUCGCAUGCAAGAGGGGUUAGAACAACCUCAAAAACAAAUAGUUGUGUGGGUUGCCAACAGAGACAACCCUGUAGCUGUUGGUUCAACUGGAGUUUUUAAAAUAGCUGGGGAUGGGAAUCUUGUAGUUGAAGACACAUCCGGUAAUAACAAAACCUACUGGUCAUCCAAUUCCAGUUCCAAAUCCAAAGUCAAAGUCUUUUCUAAUUCUUCGCCAAAAAAUAUGAUACUGAAACUCAUGGAUUCUGGUAACCUUGUGUUAUAUGAUGAUGAAGACAAGGAAGUGAAACUAUGGGAGAGCUUUGAAAAUCCAUCUGACACGUUCCUACCAGGUAUGAAGAUGGAUAGGAAUCUGAAAUUAACUAGUUGGAAAGGUGACGAUGACCCAGGAAGUGGGAAUUUCAGUUUUAAGAUGGAAGGAAUAGGGGGCAUCCGUUUCAUAAUCUUGAACCGAGACCAAAUUUAUUGGGAGAGCGAAUUUUACGAGACAAGGAAUUACAAAGUAAAUAAUGAUAAAUUGGAUGACAUCAGCUCAGAGGUUUACAGCUUGUUGACCAACUUCAGUUUACUUAGAUGGCAAUACGGGAAUACAAGGUUGUUCCUCGAUUCUACAGGUAUGAUUCAGUUGGCGGAUGUCAAUUUGUUGGAAGUUGAACCGUCGGGCAGAUGGAAGCAGCCAAAAACCAAUUGUUUGCGAUAUAAUUAUUGUGGAAACUUUGCUAGCUGCAACGACAACGAUGGUGACUCCCCAUGUAAAUGCUUACCUGGAUUCGAUAAUGAUAAUCUGGGAGAUGGAGAUUAUCCUCUAUUAGACGAGGCAAGUUGUACGAGGAGAAAAUCAGCACCGUGUACUGGAAAUGACACGGCGUUUUUGAACUUGACCAUGAUUAAAACAGGAAGGCCGGAUAUAAAGAAAAUGGUAGAAUACGAAGAAAAUUGCACAUCUAUGUGCGUUGGGAUGUGUCCCCAGUGCCAAGCUUACUCAUAUGCUCCACUUCCUACUGAACACCAGCGUACUGCUAAUAAUCCAUCAAACUGUUGGAUCUGGACACACAAUUUAACUACUCUUAAAGAAAACUAUACUAAUUGGGAGGAUGACCGCAGACUCUAUGUCCUAGUAGAUAAAUCAGACAUAGCACCAACUCCAAGAACUUGUGAGCCUUGUGGUACAAACAUAGUUCCUUAUCCUCUCAGCACCGGAUCCAAAUGUGGAGACCCCAGAUACUUCAAUUUUAGAUGCAACACCUCCAUGGGUCAACUCAGCUUCAGCAACAAUACCAACAAUACCAACAACACCAACAGCAACAUUAAUUACAGAGUUAUUCGUGUAAACCCCAGUUCAAGAACGUUUACCAUUUAUCAAGAGGUCAAAGAUAGUUUGAUUAAUCGAUAUUGUGAAGGUUCGAAGAGUGUGGGAAAUCUAAAGGUUUCUUCACCAUUUGGCCUGUCUAGUGACCAACUAUGCUCUAAACAGGUGGAAGUUAGUUGGGAAGCGCCUUCCAAAGAACCCAUAUGUGAUAACUCUGCUGAUUGCCUUGGUUGGAAACAUUCUACUUGCAGUGAAGGAAAGUGUCUUUGCAAUGCAAACUAUCAUUGGAGUGGCGAGUUUUUAACUUGUACCAACACAGAUUCUUCAGAACAUGGAUCAUUUCCUAAUGCUACAAAACACUCCACAAAAGCAAGCUCUUCUUUCUCUUUGAUUCUUGGCUUAACUCUUCCGAGUGUGGUUAUUCUAGCAUGCAUCGUUAUUUUGGUUUAUGUAUGCAGACGGAGAAUAGCUCUUAUGGUUAAGCAAGACAAGGAAAGCAUUCAGAGAAACAUUAGAGGGCACUUCACCGACAGUGAAAGGCAUGUGAAGGACUUGAUAGACAUGGAGGGGUUGGAAGAGAAUGAUAAUGAAGGAAUAGAGGUUCCUUACUUUGAUUUUGAGACCAUAGUGACGGCAACUAAUAAUUUUUCAGAUGCAAAUAAGCUUGGUAAAGGUGGUUAUGGACCAGUUUAUAAGGGUACACUACAAGGUGGUCAAGAAAUUGCAGUGAAGAGGCUUUCAAGUGUGUCAUCACAAGGUUUACAGGAAUUUAAGAAUGAAGUUAUUUUGAUUGCCAAACUCCAACAUCGAAAUCUUGUUAAAUUACGCGGCUAUUGCAUAAAGGGAGAAGAAAAAAUUCUACUCUAUGAAUAUAUGCCUAAUAAGAGUUUGGACUUAUUGAUCUUCGAUCCUGCAAAAAGCAUAAUUUUGGAUUGGCCAAUGCGGUUUGAUAUAAUUCUCGGAAUUGCUCGUGGACUACUCUAUCUUCAUCAAGACUCUAGACUUAGAGUUAUUCAUCGAGAUUUAAAAACUAGCAACAUUCUUCUAGACAAGGAGAUGCAACCAAAAAUAUCCGAUUUUGGAUUGGCAAGAAUAUUUGGAGGCAAGGAAACAGAAGCAAAUACUGAGAGAGUUGUCGGGACAUAUGGAUACAUGUCUCCCGAAUAUGCAUUAGAAGGACAAUUCUCUACAAAAUCAGAUGUUUUCAGCUUUGGUGUUGUCUUGCUUGAGAUCAUUAGUGGAAAAAAGAACAUGGGAUUUCAUCGGACUAGAGAAAUUUCAAGCCUUUUGGGUUAUGCCUGGACACUAUGGAGAGAAGAAAAACUCCAAGAUUUAAUGGAUUCAUCUCUAUGUGAUACUUAUGAUGCUUACCAAAUCAUUAGGUGUUCACAAAUAGGACUUUUAUGCGUACAAGAUGAGCCAGAUGAUCGUCCACACAUGUCAAAUGUUGUGACCAUGCUAGACAAUGAAACUACAUUCCUAUCAGUUCCUAAACAACCAACCUUUUUUACACGUAAAAACCUAUCUAACACAGCUUCUUCAAGUGUGCAACUUGAAAGUAGUAUUCAAGAAGGCCGAUAGAAGCUAAAACAUGCUUCAAUUGUGUUGUAAUUAAAGGAAAAUUUUACUUCUCAAAUGUGUUGUAAGUGAAAAAAAUGGUGUUUAAUCUUUUGAGAACAACGUCUGAACCGUUAAAGCCCAAGCCAUUGCCUGAGUCAUUGUUAUACUAUAGAAAACAGUUUUAAAAUUUCUCUACAAUAAGUAUUUAUUACAGUGUUAUGUAUGAUGAACAAAACCGUUAGACAUUCAUAUCAUAAGUAGGCUUUAAAAAGUGUGGAAAGUUGACUUCAAACAACUUUCGUUUAUUAAGCCAACUAUUAUGCUUACUGGUCCAUAGCUAAAUUAUAAUAGAUUAAUUAUCUUACUAAUAUAAAAUUAGUAAUU